AUGCAUCAUCGUAGAUUACAGCUCAUCCAACAUUUCUCGCCUAGCAUCAGUGGGUUGUUCAAAGCUAGUAACUCAAGCACAUGCUUAACACACACUCUCGCCAUAUCAUCGCAGUGGGUAGAUGAGACUAGAGUAAGCAGGCUUGAAUCUGCUUCCAACAACUCUGUUCUGGAACUUCUAAUCUCAGGCAAGGGAAACAAGUUCAUGCCCAGUGCAUAUUCCAUGGACUACUCGAUAAUGGGGUGCUGGGGCCAAAGAUAUUGGGGAUUGAAAACCUGUGGUGGGUUGAACAAUGUGGCACUGGGUAAAUUAAUUCAAGAUGAUGUUUUUGACAUGGGUUUUGAUCUGGAUAUGUACAUGGGUAGAUCGUUAGUGAAGUUAUAUGCUGAGAAUGGGCAUCUGCAGGAUGCUCGUGUACUGUUCGAUAGAAUGUCUCAGAAAGAUUGUGUUCUGUGGAAUGUGAUGCUUGGCAGUUUCUCAAAAUAUGGGGAGUCGGGUAGUGCACUGAAAGCAUUUAAUGAGAUGCGAAAUUCGGGAAUUAAACCCAAUGCAGUUACGUUUGCUUGUGUUCUUUCUGUUUGCUCUGCAGAUGCAAUGAUUCGAUUUGGCUCUUCGAUUCAUGGGCUUGUUGUUACUUCUGGGUUACAGUAUGAUCCUCAUGUUGCAAAUACACUAGUCUCCAUGUAUUCUAAGUGUAGACGGUUGGCUGAUGCACGUAAACUGUUUGAUAAAAUAUCGCAGACUGAUUUAGUUAAGUGGAAUGGCAUGAUGGCUGGAAUGGUGCAACAUGGGCUUAUGGAAGAGGCUUCAAAUUUGUUUAGGGAGAUGAUAUCUGCAGGAGAAAAUGAGUCCAAACUCCCUUACAAUGGCAAGCGUCUGCCUGCAUGUGCCGGGUUGGUGGCUCUGAAACUGGGCAAGGAAUUGCAUGGCAAAAUCCUGAAGGAUGGGCUAGUAUUAGAAGGUAAUGUUCAUCUAGAAAGUGCUGUUAUGGACAUGUAUGCAAAAUGUGGAAGGCUGGAUCUUGCUCACCAAAUUUUCAGAAGAAUGCGUGUAAAGGAUGUUGUUUGUUGGAACUCCAUCAUCACUAGCUGUACCCAGAACUGUAAACCAGAAGAGGCCAUAGAACUGUUCCGGCAAACAGGGAAGGAAGAAGGACUAACAUAUAACCAAGUGAGCAUAUCUGCUGCUUUAUCAGCUUGCACAGACUUGUCCUCACUCCACUAUGGGAAACAGAUACACUCCAUUUUAGUCAAGGGCACAGUUGCUUGUGAUGUAUUUGCCCAAAGUGCAUUGGUAGACAUGUAUGCCAAAUGUGGUCAUUUGAAACUCGCUCGGUGCAUGUUCGACAACAUGGAAAUUAAAAACGAGGUUUCAUGGAAUAGCAUCAUCGCUGCUUAUGCUAACCACGGUUUCCUGGAUGAGACACUCGCUUUGUUCCAUGGGAUGUUUGAACAAGGAAUUCAUCCUGAUCAUGUCACAUUUCUUGCCGUAAUAUCUGCUUGUGCGCAUGCUGGCCAAGUAGAUGAUGGAAUUCGAUACUUCCGUUACAUGACGGAAGAAUUUAAGUUCCCGGCUAAGAUGCAACAUUAUGCUUGCUUAGUAGAUAUGUUUGGCCGUGCGGGUCAGUUGUAUGAAGCAUUUGGUGUCAUAAAGAGUAUGCCAUUCCAACCUGAUGCUGGUGUUUGGGGCACAUUGCUUGGUGCCUCCCGCGUCCAUGGCAAUGUAGAGCUUGCUAAAGUGGCUUCAAGUUAUCUGCUUGAGUUAGACCCAAGCAAUUCUGGAUACUACGUACUGCUUGCAAACGUUCAUGCUGAUGCCAGUCAGUGGAAAAGCAUGCGUAAGAUACGAACAAUGAUGAAAGAAAGAGGGGUUCAGAAACUACCCGGUUACAGCUGGGUUGACGUCAACAAAAGCACUCAUAUGUUUGUUGCUGGUGAUGGAAGUCACCCCGAGUCUGCUGAGAUAUAUUCAUUGCUGGAGGAUCUCCUUUUUCCAGAGCUGAGAAGAGAAGGCUAUGUCCCUCAGCCUUACCUUCCUGCGCAUCAUUCCCAGGCUGUGAGCCUUUGA